AUGUCAAAUAAUAAUAAAAAUAAUAAUAAUAAACAACCACAAGUAAAAUCAGAAGCAUUGCUAGACGAAGAUGGAUUUCAAAUUGUUGUAAAAGGUAAAAAAAAUAAAGUUUUAAAAGUAAAUCAAAAGAUUGAACAAACAAUUACAACCAAUGAUAAUAAAAAGAAUAAAGAGAUUAGAGAUAAAUAUUUUGAAAAACAAAAUCAAUGGACUUCAAAUUAUCAAGAAAGUGAAAAAGAAUUACAAAAUAAUCCACAAAAUAACAAUAAUAAUAAUAAUAAUAAAAAGAAAAAGAAAAAUAAUAAAUUAAUAGUUGAAGAAUUAUCAGAAGAACAACAAUUAAUUAAAUUAUAUAAUUCAUUAAUUGAAUCAGAAAAUAAAAUGAAAGAAACUAAAUUUUUUAAAGAUAUACUUGAAUUACAAUUUAAUUAUAAAUUUAAUAACAAUAAUAAAGAAAGUGACACUAAAGAUAUAUUUUCAAAAGUUAAUGAAAUAGUAUGUUAUGGUAUUGGUGAUUUUAGUUCAAGUAAGAAAUGUUUAGAUCAAUUAGCAUAUAUAACAUCUAUUAAAUCAAUGUAUAGUAAUAUUGAAUCAAUUUAUAUAUAUGAUCCAGUUAUGAAUAAUUUAGAGAAACAAUUAAUAUCAAAAAUUGGUUUUAAAUUAAUUGAAAUUAAUGAAGAAGGAAAAAGAAAAGCGAAUACUACUAAUAAUGAUGAAAAUUUCACAAUAUUUUACAUGCCAUUUUGUGGUAGAAAAUUAUAUGAUAAUGUAUUAUGGGCGAAUUGGGAAACACUUUCAAAUAUUAUAAUCAUUGGAAAUAGUUUUAAUUUAUAUAUUGAUAGUAUUAAUAGGGUUGAGGAGGACCAUUUACCAUUCAGUUAUACCACUAAAACAUUUGGAAUUCAUGAUGAAUUAUUAUUUCCAAAUAAUUAUACAACUCAAUUUAUUUUCCAUGACCUUGCAAUUCAUUUAUUCCCACAAUCUUUAUUACAAACUAAAGAACCUUCAUUUUAUUCAAAAGAAAAUAAUUUAGAACCUCCAAAAUUAGUAUUUGGUCCAGAAUAA